AUUCACGUGGCAGACAUGAAACGUCUCUUCAUCCACGGAGCUCUAACUCCGAUAUACUCACUCACAUGUAUAUUCCGAUUUUCACCUCUCAUUUAUCUCUCCAUUUUGAGCGGUGAAGUUGGUAUUCGUAAUUCGUGGAUGAUAUGAUUUGAUUAUGCGUCGCUCUCUGACAAAAAAACAAAAGAAGAAUUCUCAGUGAAUUCAGUAGAAGUACUGAUUUGAAUUUUGCGGAUUUUGUUUGAUCGUGAAAGUAACUAUGCUUCGGCAUUCCACUACUCUCUGGAGCAACGGCAAUUCCGCUCUCGUUCCCGCGCUCGGCGCCCUCCCGGCUAUUGUCCGUUGCAGUUCGGCAUCAACUGAAGGAAAGGGUUCUCAGCGGGGAGUUUUCAGUAAGGUUAGACGAGAAUUUGGUGGAAGCCGCCAUAUGAGUUCAUCUGUGCAGGCAGCUCGAGCUGGUGAGCAGAGUGUGGUGGUUGAGGAACAAGCAUUCCAGAAAUCAGAGGGUCCAUCGCUGAAAGUUUUGCCAGGUCAAUCACACCCUCUAGGAGUGUCAGAGGCUGAAACUGGAAUUAAUUUUGCGAUUUUCUCUCAAAAUGCUACCGCAGUUACCCUCUGCUUAAGUCUGCAAGAGAGUGGAACAAAUAGCACACUUGAAGACGGGAUGAUUGAAUUGUCGUUGGACUCGCAAAUAAAUAAGACCGGAGAUAUAUGGCACAUCUGUGUUGAGGGAUUGCCACGUAGCAAUGUCUUAUAUGGCUAUCGUGUUGAUGGACAUCGAGAUUGGCGUGAAGGACAUCGCUUUGAUAACAAAAAUGUUUUACUUGAUCCAUAUGCAAAAUUGGUUGAAGGACGCCGAGUCUUUGGUGAUGCUAGCAAUAAGAUGUCUAAAUUUUUUGGGACUUACGAUUUUGAUGGCUUGCCUUUUGACUGGGGAGAGAACUAUGAGCUUCCUAAUAUACAUGAGAAAGAUCUUGUUUUGUAUGAAAUGAAUGUCAGGGCCUUCACAGCUGAUGAUUCCAGUGGAUUGGAUCCACACAUACGUGGCAGUUACCUUGGUAUGAUAGAGAAGAUACCACAUCUUUUGGAGCUUGGUGUCAAUGCAGUUGAGCUGCUCCCUGUGUUCGAGUUUGAUGAAAUGGAGCUCCAAAGGCGCCCAAAUGCAAGAGAGCACUUGAUCAACACAUGGGGCUAUUCAACUAUAAAUUUCUUUGCACCUAUGAGUCGUUAUGCAAGCAAUGGUGGAGGACCGAUUAAUGCCUCCCAAGAAUUCAAACAAAUGGUUAAGGCUUUCCAUGAUGCUGGAAUUGAGAUCAUUUUGGAUGUUGUUUACAAUCAUACAAACGAAGCUGAUGAUGAACAUCCAUAUACUACUUCAUUUCGUGGCAUAGACAACAAGGUCUAUUACAUGAUGAACUUCCAACAAAAUGCGCAGCUGUUGAAUUUCUCUGGUUGUGGAAAUACGUUGAAUUGCAACCAUCCUGUGGUCAUGGAACUGAUACUUGACAGCUUGAGGCACUGGGUAACUGAGUAUCAUGUGGAUGGGUUCCGAUUUGAUCUGGCUAGUGUGCUUUGUCGAGGAACUGAUGGUUCUCCCCUCAGUGCUCCCCCAUUGAUCAGGGCAAUAGCUAAAGACAGUGUCCUCUCAAGAUGUAAGAUCAUUGCAGAACCUUGGGAUUGUGGAGGACUAUAUCUCGUUGGAAAAUUUCCGAACUGGGAUAGGUGGGCUGAAUGGAAUGGAAUAUACCGCGAUGACAUUAGAAAAUUUAUAAAGGGUGACCCUGGUAUGAAAGGAAGCUUUGCUACUAGGAUUUCUGGUUCUGCUGAUCUGUACCGAGUCAAUAAGCGGAGGCCAUAUCAUGGUAUCAAUUUUGUAAUCGCCCAUGAUGGUUUUACAUUGUAUGACCUUGUCUCAUACAACUAUAAGCACAACGAUGCCAAUGGAGAAGGUGGAAAUGAUGGAUCCAAUGAUAACUUCAGCUGGAAUUGUGGGUUUGAAGGAGAAACUGAAGAUCCGAAUAUUCAGGCAUUGCGUGCACGCCAAAUGAAAAACUUCCAAGUAGCCCUGAUGAUAUCCCAGGGAACUCCUAUGAUGCUAAUGGGUGAUGAAUAUGGCCACACUCGUUCUGGAAAUAAUAAUAGUUACGGACACGACAAUGCUCUUAAUAAUUUCCAAUGGGGACGAUUAAAGGACAAGAAGGGCAAUCAUUUUCGAUUUUUCUCAGAGAUGAUAAAGUUUAGACGGAGUCGUCAUAUCUUUGCUAGAGAAAAUUUCAUUGACAAGAAUGAAGUCACGUGGCAUGAGGAUAACUGGGAAAACUAUGAGAGUAAAUUUCUCGCUUUCACGCUUCAUGAAGACAAUGGAGGUCAUAUUUAUGUGGCAUUUAAUGCGCAUGACUACUUUGUUGAAGCUUUUAUACCCCCUCCUCCACAAGGAAGACAAUGGUUUCGUGUGGUGGAUACGAAUCUGGAGUCCCCAAAUGACAUCGUCCCAGAGGGCGCUCCAGGCAUAAAGGAGACGUAUAAUCUGGCCCCCUACUCUUGUAUUAUUCUUGAAGCGAAGCGAUAGAUGGAUGCUGCUGCUCGCUGCAUUUUGAGGUCUAAAGAGGAGUUGGAUAUUUUCAAGAAAUAAAUCUCGAGGAACCCUAAAUAAGAGAUACUAUCAGUGCGCAAGAGCUAGGAAAUUGAGCUUGUAAUAGGUGAAAUUAUUUUGAAGUUAGAACACAGAUACUAUUAAAGAUUACACAAAGUCAUUGUCGAAACAGAUUCUUAGCCAUGUGAUGAAACAUUUUAUGAUUGAAAUGUAUCUACAAUAAAACUUGGGUGUUUGGCUGCU